AUGCUAAGAUUCCUCCGCACCGCAAUGGCUUCUCUCACCACUCCUCCCCGCGUCCCCAUCCCCGCCAACGGGGUCGACUACCGUGGCAAAGUAGUCCUGGCCCCCAUGGUGCGCUCCGGCGAAUUGCCCUCCCGCCUCAUCGCCCUCAAGUACGGCGCUGAUCUCGUUUGGGGCCCCGAAACCAUCGACCGGGCCAUGGCAGGCGCCGUCCGCCGCGUGAACCCCCGCAACGGCACCAUCGAAUUCACCCGCAUGCCCUCCAACGGCGGCCGCACCGAAAAGGCAGGCCAAGAAUCCGUGAUUUACCGUCUCGACCCCGUCCGCGAGAAGGGCAAGCUCAUCUAUCAAAUCGGCACUGCCACGCCUGAAAUCGCCGUCGAAGCAGCCAAACUCGUCGCGGGCGAUGUCGCCGGUAUUGAUGUGAACUCGGGAUGUCCGAAGCCCUUCAGCACGAGCGGUGGUAUGGGUGCGGCGCUUCUCAAGACACCGGAUAAAUUGGUUGCGAUCCUGGAAGCCCUGGUGAAGGAGGUCGGGACGCCGUUCCAGAUCGGUAUUUCGGUCAAGAUCCGCAUCUUGAAAGAUCCGGAGGAGACAAGGGCUUUGGUGUCGCGGCUUGUGAAGACAGGUAUUACAGGCUUGACGGUGCAUUGUCGGACUCCGCCCAUGAGGCCCCGUGAACGCGCUAUCCGUGAUCAGGUGCGCAUGAUUGCCGACAUCUGUCAUGAGGCUGGUGUCGCCUGUGUCAUAAACGGUGAUGUAACCUCCAAAGACGAAGGCCACGCCUUGAUGAAAGAAUUCGGCGUCGACGGCGCCAUGAUCGCCACAUCCGCAGAAGCAAACCCAUCCUGCUUCCGUACCGAAGCUGAAGGCGGCCUUCUCCCUUGGAAGGAGGUAGUCCACGAAUACAUCAAGUUCUGUCUCGAGUCCGAGAACCGCUUCGGCAACUCCAAAUACCUCCUCAACAUCCUCGUCCCCGGCAAGCUCCAGGAAGGCAAGAACGCUAAGGCAGCCAGAUCCUACGCCGACACAUGCCAUGCCCUCGGCUUCGAGGACCUCCUUCCCCUCGCCAUGCAGGUGGACGACAUCCUCAACCUCACCGACAAGUCAGUUACCACCAAAGACCUCCAGCCCGAACACAUCCGCAGCAAGGCUGUCCAGAACGCCAUGGAGAACAACGAAUCCGCACGGGCUGCUGGCGGUGCCUCUCGCGUCAAGUCUACCUCCCCCUCAGUCAGCGCAGGCGGGCCCAUUCGCACCAACUCCAUCCCAGCUCCUACGAAGACCAAGGCUGAGACGGAGACCCAGGCUGAUGUCUCCGUUCCGGUUCCUGAUGCUGCGCCCCAAAAGCAGGAGCUGACAGCUUAA